AUGUCUUCUCCACCGCAGGAUUUUUCCUCUUCUGAUGCCGCGGACGUCGAUAUGCAAGACCAGUCCGUUUCCGGCGCACCGUCCGCUCAACCACUUUUCUUCGCGUCCACUCCUUCAGCCGCAGGGACACCAGCGCGUCAGCGAGUGGGAACCCCAAGCUCCGCGCCUGACUCGGAGCCGCUAGAUUUUCCGACCACACCAACCAGCUCUUCUACGCUCAAGAAUCGUCGAGGAGAUAUACACUCCUCACUCAGUAUCACGCCCGUCGCAGCUUCUCGUCGUGCGCGUCGAGCGCAAGGUCUUCAGGAUGGUGACCUCGACUCUGACGGAACCCAUCUCUCCAUGCCGGCCUCGUCUGCUCCUGCCCUUUCGGCUCCGACUGUACCAUCUGAUGAGCCUGACGAAAUCCGCGCGAUAUGGGGCACGACUGUUAACAUCAACGAAACUAUGCAGACGUUCCGCAGUUUCCUCCUCGACUUCAAAUUGAAGUACCGUGUCGCAUACGAUCGCGACCGUGGCGUACGCACUCGUGUUCUUGCGACACCGGAAGAAGGAGAAGCGCGCCUCUACGUGAGCUACUUGCGUCGAAUGCGCCAGACGGGCGAAACCAAUCUUAAUUUGGACAUGGCGAACCUUUCUGCAUAUCCACCAAGUCGCAAGCUGCACAGCCAGCUGACGAAGUAUCCGCAGGAAGUGAUUCCGGCAAUGGACCAAGUGUUGAAGGACCUCAUGCUGGAGGUCGCAGACCAGGAUCAGCAGGCUGGGAUGGCCGGGAUGCAAGGACAACAAGGUGAAGAAGAGAUCGCAGAUAUUAUGAGCAAGGUAUAUAAAAUACGUCCCUUUGGCAUGCCCGCCAUCAACAUGCGCGACCUCAACCCAACAGAUACCGACAAGCUCGUGUGCAUCAAGGGUUUGGUUAUUCGUGCGACGCCGGUGAUUCCAGACAUGAAGGUCGCCUUCUUCCGCUGUCUGAAGUGCAACCACACCGUGCAGGUCGAGAUUGACCGCGGAAAGAUUGACGAGCCUGCGCUCUGCCCGCGGGAAGUCUGUGCCUCCGUCGGCACGAUGUCGCUCGUGCACAACCGCUGUGAGUUCGCGGACCGCCAGGUAAUCAGGCUUCAAGAAACCCCCGAUGCAGUGCCCGAUGGGCAGACGCCGCAUACAGUCUCGCUCAGCGUGUACGACGAGUUGGUAGACGUGUCUAAACCGGGUGACCGGCUGGUCGUUACGGGCAUCUUCCGGAGCGUGCCUGUCCGCGUGAAUCCGCGGCAGCGCACGAUUAAGAGCCUCUUCAAGACGUUCUUGGAUGUCGUACAUGUGCGACUAGGCAGCGGUGAUAGGCUCGGUCUCGACAGAAGCACGCGUACCACCGGCGGGGACAGGGUCCCUGGCGUCGGUGGCGUUGGCGGUGGCGCUGAUGACGAGGACGAGGACAAUGCUGACGACCGCGAGCAGGGCAUGUCGCGGCGCGAGGAGAUGGAGAUGAAGCUGCGGGAGCUCAGCCAGCAGCCAAAUAUUUACGAUCUGCUGGCACGCUCCCUCGCGCCGUCUAUCUGGGCGAUGGACGACGUAAAGAAGGGCAUUCUACUGCAGUUGUUUGGCGGUACAAACAAGAGUAUCGCGCGAGGUGGAGGUGCCGGUGGGCCAAGGUAUCGCGGGGACAUCAACGUCUUGUUGGUCGGUGAUCCUGGUGUGAGUAAGUCACAGAUCUUACAAUAUGUCCACAAGAUCGCCCCACGGGGCGUAUACACAUCGGGCAAGGGAUCCUCCGCUGUCGGUUUGACGGCAUAUGUCACUCGAGACCCAGACUCCAAGCAGCUUGUGCUCGAGAGUGGAGCACUUGUCCUGAGUGACGGAGGUGUAUGCUGCAUUGACGAGUUCGACAAGAUGUCAGAUGCAACCCGCAGCGUGCUUCACGAAGUCAUGGAGCAGCAAACUGUGUCCAUUGCAAAAGCUGGGAUCAUCACGACUCUCAACGCUCGAACGUCAAUUCUCGCCGCAGCGAAUCCCAUCGGUUCGAAAUAUAAUAGAAACGACACUAUCACGAAGAACAUCGACCUUCCUCCUACACUCAUCUCACGUUUCGAUCUGCUGUACCUUGUCUUGGACGAGGUGGAUGAAGCUCUUGACCGUAGACUAGCCCAACACCUUGUCGGGUUGUACCUCGAGGAUGCACCGGAAACUGGUGGGCAGGAUAUUUUGCCAUUGGAUCAACUAUCCGCCUACAUCACGUACGCACGGUCGAGAAUGAAUCCUGUCAUCACCGAAGAGGCUUCGGACGAACUCGUACGCUGCUACGUGAUCCUGCGCAAGGCGGGCGACGAUCCGCGCUCGAACGAGAAGCGUAUCACCGCUACGACACGGCAGCUAGAGAGUAUGAUCCGGCUAUCCGAAGCCCAUGCCCGGAUGCGUUUCUCGCCAUUCGUCGAGCUCGAGGACGUCAAGGAGGCAUACCGGCUCAUGCGCGAAGCAAUCAACACGAGUGCCCGCGACCCCACAACGGGCGAAAUCGACAUGGGCCUGCUGGACACCGGUGUCGGGCGGCAGCAGCGCAAACUGCGCGGAGAUAUGCGGAAGGCGGUGCUGGUAAUGCUGGAUGGCAGCGCAGGGGGGACGCGGGGCGUCCGUUGGGCGGACGCAUUGCAGCAGCUGGAGAGCCAGAGCUCGGUCCGCAUCAGUUCGGCGGAGUUCCAGCAGGUCAUUCGGGAGCUGGAACAGGAGGGCCUGGUCAAAGUUGUCGGCGAGCGGGAGAGGCGGAUGAUUCGUCGUGUGGAGGGUGCAUGA